UCCGAAUUAGGACAAUUUUCCGGCCAAUUUUUCUGUUUCCCCCCUUUUAAGCCAUACUUAUAUACGGCUCUGAUAACCAAUAAUUAAUCAGAUUUAAAGGGAACCUAAGAUGAAACUAAAGUUUGUGAUACUAUACGAACAAUAGCUGAUUUGGUUGAUCCUUCUUCUGACUAAUAGUGCAUAAAACGUUUGGUUGUAUGCGUGACGGUAAAAUUUCGUAUCUACUAACUUUUUGAAUUUCGAAAAAAAAAAAUCUUAACUUGUAUUUAAAGUUUUCAAAGUCUUUACGAACUAACUGAUUGUAAAUUAUAAUUUAUUGCUGUAUUACCACAUUAUCUAAACAGCUAUCAUCAUGAAUAGCGAAGAAACUUCACUCGAAGUUGGUACCGAUAUGGUGCCCCAGAAAAGGCUAUUGACCUUUUUAUUUCCAAAGAAGAAUGUUCCAAUUCCAGACGAUCAUGAAAGAAAACCCCAUCCCUUUAAAGAUUCCAAUAUCCUUAACAGGGCUUUCUUUUAUUGGGUUACCCCAGUGAUGAAUGUUGGUUAUAGAAGAACUUUGCAAGCUAAUGAUUUAUAUUACUUACCUGAAGAUAUGAAAAUUGAAUAUUUUAAUGAAUUAUUUCAAGAAAAUUUAUCAACUGAGUUAGAAUAUAGUCAUGCUAAACAUAUUCAAAAGAAAUGCAGAGGAAGAGGAGAAACGGUGUUGAGUUCCACCGUAUCAAAGGAAACAGAUUUACAGGACUUCAAAUUAACUCGUUUUAAUUUAUUAUUUGCAUUAGUCAUUACAUUUAAAAAAGAUAUUUUUUAUGCCUUCUUAUUUGCCCUUAUCGGUGCUACAACUAUAUCUUGUCAACCUUUCUUAACUAAAAAUUUAAUUGCUUUUGUGGAAAAUAGAAUUCUUGGGUCAUCUAUUCACCUUGGUAGCGGGAUUGGCUAUGCCAUUGGUGUUACUUUAGUCAAUUUAUUAUCAGGAGCAACAAUGGCUUAUUUUCAAUAUUGUAUGCAAAUGUGUGGUGCUUCUACUAAGUCUGUUUUAACAAAUUUAAUCCUUAAAAAAUCAUUAGUACUUGAUGCAAAUAGUAGGCACAAAUUCCCGGAUUCAAAGAUAACUUCUUUAAUGAGUACCGAUUUAUCAAGAGUUGAAAGGGCUUAUAUAAAUUUCCCACUUUUUGCAUGUUUACCUAUUGCAAUAGUUAUAAGCAUUGCGCUAUUAAUCGUCAAUAUAGGUCUAGCUGGUGUCAUUGGUGUACUUGUAUUUUUGAUAUUCUUAGUUGCUAUUUCAUUAUCCACCAAGCAAUUAUAUACAUAUAGAACCCUUGUAUCAGGAUUAACUGACGAAAGAGUAAAAGUCAUUAGAGAGAUUAUCAAUAACUUGAAAAUUAUAAAAUUUUAUUCUUGGGAAGUACCUUAUUUAUCGAAUGCUAUAAAGGCGAGAACCAAAGAAGUUGCAAUAAUUUUAAAGAUUCAAAGUUUAAGAAAUAUUAUUGAUGCUGUUGCAACUGGUUUAACAGGUAUAACUGCCAUGAUAUCUUUCUUAGUCCUUUAUGGAUUAGAAGGUUCCACUAGAAAUGCUGCUUCCAUGUUUUCAUCGGUUACUUCCUUCGAUGUAUUGUCAUUUGUCAUUUAUUUCAUUCCUGUAGGUUUAUCAACCACUGCUGAUAUGUUGAAUGGUUUAAAAAGAAUUGCUGAAUUUUUAUCUUGUGAUGAGAUUAAAACAAACGAGUUUUAUACAUUAACUAAUGAUGAAUCUAAUCUUACGGCCAUUGACAUUAAACAUGCUUCAUUCAGUUGGGAAAAUUUUGAUGAGGAUGACGAAGAUGGUGAAGAAGAAGAAGAUGAAAUCGUGAAGCCAACUACUGAUGAGCCAAUUAGCCAGGAUGAUUUCGAAAAACCGGAUUCCAAUUUCCCCGGUUUAUUAGAUAUCAAUUUAUCCGUUAAGAAAGGCGAGUUUGUUGUCAUAACUGGUUCUAUUGGAAGCGGAAAAACUUCAUUGUUAAGCGCUGUUGCAAAUAUAAUGAAAUGUGACGCUGGUGAAAUAAUAAUUAAUGGAUCCCUAUUAAAUUGUGGUGCUCCAUGGAUUCAUAACGCUACCAUUAAAGAUAAUAUUUUAUUUGGAGCAACUUAUGAAAAGGAAAGAUACGACAAUGUAGUUUAUGCAUGUGCUUUACAAACUGAUAUCGAUAAUUUGGAAGCAGGGGAUUUAACUGAAGUUGGUGAAAAGGGGGUUUCCUUAUCAGGAGGUCAAAAAGCUAGAAUCAAUUUAGCUAGAGCAGUCUAUGCUAAUCAAGAUAUCAUUUUAUUGGAUGAUGUUUUAAGUGCGGUUGACGCAAGAGUUGGAAAGCAUGUCGUUAAGCAUUGUAUUUUGGGUUUACUUAAAGACAAGACAGUGUUACUUGCAACGCAUCAAUUAUCAUUAAUUGGUUCAGCAGAUUCUAUUGUGUAUUUAAAUGGUGAUGGAACUAUUGAUGUUGGUAGUUUGGAUUCAUUAAAUAACACCAAUCCAGAUUUUAGAAGAUUAAUGGCUCAUAGUUCAACUGAAAAUGAAGAAAAAGAAGAGGAACUGAUUCCGGCCAAACCUGCUUACGAAGAAAGUGAUAUAGCUGAUGAAUUGAUUCCAAAGUUCACUAAAAAUAGCUUCCAAGAAUCUGCAUCCAAUGUUACUAGGCGUAGAAAGGCUAAAAGUGAAGAGGACGAUAAUGAAGAAGUCUUUAGAGAUGUUACAAUUGGAAAAGAUGCAUCCAAGGGAAAGAUUAUUCAAAAGGAAGAAAGAGCUGUUAAUCGUAUUAAAAAUGAGGUUUAUUUUGAUUUCAUUAAAUACGGAUCUGGUAAGUUGACUCCUUAUGUUACAAUUCCCUUAGCGGCAGUUUUAUUAACUCUUGCUACAUUCACUUCAAUUUUUUCGAAUACUUGGUUAUCGUUUUGGAUCUCAAAGAAAUUCGAAGAUAGGUCAAAUUCCUUCUAUAUCAUCUUUUAUGUCAUAUUCAAUAUUUUAUAUGUUGUUUUCCUUACUGGAUUGUUUGUUUUAUUAGCAAAUAUAACCACUAAUUCAUCGAAGAAUUUAAUUUUAAUGGCCAUCAAACGUGUUUUACAUACUCCAAUGUCAUAUUUAGACGUGACACCAAUGGGUAGAAUUAUUAAUAGAUUUACGAAGGAUACUGAUACUUUAGAUAAUGAAAUUGUUGAAAAUUUAAAGUUAAUGUUACAAAUAGGUGGUUCCCUAGUUGGUAUUUUAAUUCUUUUGAUCAUUUAUUUACCUUAUUUCGCUAUUGCCAUUCCAUUCAUUGGAAUAUUAUUUGUUGCUAUUGCCCUGUAUUAUCAAGCAUCAUGUCGAGAAAUAAAACGAUUAGAAGCCAUUCAAAGAUCGUUUGUUUAUGAUAAUUUCAAUGAAACUUUAACUGGUAUGAGUACAAUUAAAGCUUACAAAGCAGAGAAAUUUUUCCUUGAUAGAAGUAAUCAAUAUAUUAAUAACAUGAAUGAAGCUUCAUUUUUAGUAUUUGCCACUCAAAGAUGGUUAGCAGUUCAUUUAGAAAUUUUGGCUGACGUUGUAAUUCUUAUUACUUCAAUAUUCUGUGUUACCAGAGUUUUUUCCAUUAGUUCUGCAACUGCCGGUUUAUUGAUAUCUUAUUCAUUACAAAUUGCCGGUUCAUUAUCUAUGGUUAUUCGUACUUUUGUUCAAUUUGAAAAUGAUAUGAAUUCAACUGAAAGAAUAUGUCAUUAUGCUUUGAAGUUGGACCAAGAGGCUCCUUAUACAAUUCAAAACACAAAUCCAUCAUCUUCUUGGCCACAGGAAGGUUCGAUUAAGUUCGAAAAAGUAUCAAUGAAUUAUAGACCAGGUUUGCCAUUGGUUUUAAAAGAAUUAUCUUUCGAUGUUAAACCAGGUCAAAAAAUUGGUAUUUGUGGUAGAACCGGUGCUGGUAAGUCUUCUAUCAUGACUGUUUUAUAUAGAAUUUGUGAAUUAGAAGGUGGUAAAAUCAGUAUUGAUGGAGUUGAUAUUUCAACUCUUGGAUUGUACGAAUUGAGAUCCAAGCUCUCAAUCAUUCCACAAGAUCCUGUAUUAUUCAAUGGUACCAUUAGAGAUAAUUUAGAUCCAUUUGGAGAACACGAAGAUUCUAAAUUAUUUGAUGCUAUCAGAAGAGCAGGCUUAAUGACAAUGGAAGAAUUACAAGAAAUCCAAAAACGAGGCGAUAAGUAUACUGGGGAUAGUGAAAAAUUACAUAAAUUUCAUUUAGACCAAGUGGUUGAAGAUGAAGGGGAAAAUUAUUCAUUAGGAGAAAGACAAUUGAUUGUGUUUGUAAGAGCUUUAGUUAGAGAUUCCAAAAUCUUAAUUUUAGAUGAAGCUACUUCGCUGGUUGAUUAUGAAACUGAUAGUAAGAUUCAAAAGACGAUUGCUACCGAAUUCAAAGAUUGUACUAUUUUAUGUAUUGCUCAUAGAUUGAAGACAAUCAUUAAUUAUGAUAAGAUCCUUACAAUGGAUAGAGGAGAAAUCAAGGAGUUUGACACUCCAUGGAUGUUAUUUAAUUCAGAUAAUGGUAUCUUUAGACAAAUGUGUGAAAAAUCACAGAUUGUUGCUGGAGAUUUUUUAAAUGAAGAAUAGUUGGUUUGUUAUUUUAUUUUUAUAUAUAAUAUAUAGGUUUUAUGGUUUACAUUUUAUAAGAGAGAUAGAUAUAUAUAUAUAUACAUACAUAUUCAUACAAUUUUCAUAUUUU